AUGAGGCGACCGCCGUGCCGACAGCUUCGGCUGGUGUCGGCUCUGGCCCUUCUACUACUGCUCCCGACAGCCAUAUUAGCUGACAUCUUUGAAACAGUGACCGACCCUCUGAGCGGACGUCGGGGCCAUGUUCCCAGUCGGGCACGCAGGUCCAGGCGAGGCCUGAACGCCGUCUCGUCGUGCGGCGGCUUCAUUUCAUGCCCCAGCGCAAGUGCCGCGGCACAGAUGAUUUUGGGCAACAACCCAAACCUCACAAUCAGUAAUGCGGUUUUCUCUAAAGGAACAUGCAUCGCUGGCGGCUCUGUACAGUGGGGAAUUGUGCAGAAUACUGGCUGGGCUCCCGGACACGUUAUGGCCUCCUGGUUCCCAAAAGGUGCUCUGGUCCUGAGCUCGGGUGAUGCCACAGCCGGCAAUUGCGCGGUCAACACGCUGGACUAUUACACAGGACUAGUAGGUGGUGGCGGAGAUGCAAACCUUAACGCGCUCAUCCCUGCCUACACUACCUAUGACGCAGUGGCGCUUGAAUUCACCGUAACAGCCCUCGCAGACGGCCUACUGGUGUUCAAAUAUGCCUUUGGAAGUGACGAGUAUACCGAAUGGGUGGGCACAGCCUUCAACGACGUGUUCGGUUUCUUCAUCGCACCCAUCUCCCAGCCCAUCACAUCCGGGCACAACGUCGCCAUCGUUAAGGGCACCAUAGACACACAGGUAUCUAUCAACAACGUUAACGGCAAUUCCAACUCCAACCUUUGGAACAACAACCGAGCCUUCGAGGUCUCCCCCACGAAGCCCAUUGAGGCUGACGGCUACACCAACCUGCUCAACACCCAGGGCUUCCAAGUCACUGCUAACCAACAAUAUCGUUUCAAGCUAGCAAUUGCGGAUGCCGGAGAUCAGAUUUUGGAUUCAUGGGUAUGGAUUGGUGGUGAGACACUGCUAGUGGAUCAGAAGCCCGUGGCCAACACAACCAACCCCACCACCAACUGCGCGACGAAGACCGCGACACUGAAUGCCAGCAACUCGUACGACCCGGAUAAAGGUGACAUUCUGUCGUACACCUGGGUGCUAACCGCCAACUGCUACCCUUCCGUAACGCUGACGGGGCAAACUGCCAAGGUAAUGUUGGGGGCUAUGCUUAGGGUAGCAGCAUUUAGUAACAUUACAGGAUUAUCGCUAUUCGACAGCGGUCGACGUCUUCCCGUGCUCGUGUGCUCGUACUGUUACCGGUGUGGUUCUGUGAAGCCGCGUGUCCUCUCGUCCCAACUUCCGUACAUCUGCACGGCAUCUAGCACAGCCGACGACAGUGCCCUCGCUCUGAUUGCUAGCAAUUAUGAUCCUGGUGACUUUUACACGGUAUUCUACACUUGGCGCGUAUUCGACAUAACGGACAAGGGGUACGACAACCCGAUUAUAAGCGUUACAGUACCGCAGGAUCCAUCGUACCCAGACCCCACCAUCACCUUUACCGCAGCAGACCUCCAACAGAGCACCGCCUUGAAGAAGUACAGGGUCGCUCUGGAUGUCACGGAUGUCGCCACGUGGGAUCAGGGGAACGGCGUUAUCCUGGGGGUCGAGACUUUCAUCCAGCUCCUGGCCUGCCCCAUCCAACCCGCCGAUCCCCCGACGAACAUCAUCUUCGACGGCCUGAAGAGUCCGGAGGCCUUCACGCUGGCCUGCUACGCCUCAGUUGUCCUCGACGCCUCCGCGCCCUUGGCCGCCGCCGCCGCCAAGUACGGCAAGCCCAUAACCACGCAAAUCUUUCGUUGGUCGCUGCUUGACAUUAACGAUGUGGUGGUAUGGACGACUGACUCCAGUACGGCAUUGACCCUUUUUGACGGUACGGCGCUCCUGUCCAGCUAUGUGAUUUUGCCGGACACAUUUUAUACCCUGUCACUGGCGGUCAUCCUUGAUGAUAAGGAUUUUGAUGAUGAUAACUGGGUGACAAAGUUCGCGGUGGAGAACUGCGGCUUCGUUUUGGAGCCCCUACCACCUCAAUCUUUUAACCCGCCUCCUCCUCCAAGCCCACCGCCCCCACCGCCUCCAAGCCCACCGCCCCCCAGUCCGCCGCCUCCAAGCCCGCCGCCACCGCCGCCCUCCAAGCCCACCGCCCCCCAAGUCACCGCCGCCUCCAAGCCCGCCGCCACCGCCGCCUCCUCCAAGCCCACCGCCCCCCAAGUCACCGCCUCCUCCAAGCCCGCCGCCACCGCCGCCUCCUCCAAGCCCACCGCCCCCCAAGUCACCGCCUCCUCCAAGCCCGCCGCCACCGCCGCCUCCUCCAAGUCCACCGCCACCCAAGUCACCGCCUCCUCCAAGACCACCGCCGCCCAGGCCACCUACGCCUCCUCCGCCCCCAAACCCGACUCCACCUAG